UGGAGCUCAGAUCAACUGACCAGCUUCAUCUAUAAAAGCUGCAGUCUCACAUCCUGUUGUGACUCAGCUUUGAUCAAAACUCCUCGAGACAAAAAGACCAGACGAAGAGGAAGAUACACUAGGUAAAUCAUUAAAUAAAAGGUUGAAACAACAUUUAGAGGCAAAACCAUGAGUCACUCUACAUUUCGCACCUCUUAUCACCGCACUUUCGGGACGCCUGUCUAUAGCCCUGUGUCCAGUAACAUAGGGGGCCGCUACAUCUCCUCCUCUGUUCCCACCCGCUCUGUGGACUUCAGGAGCCGCUCCAGUGCUCCGGCCCCCCGUCUCUCUUAUGAUAAAUUGGACUUCUCACUAGCAGGGGCCAUCAACCAGGAGUUCCUUGCCACACGCAGCAAUGAGAAAAGAGAACUACAGGAACUCAAUGACCGCUUUGCCAGCUUCAUAGAGAAGGUGCGGUAUUUAGAGCAGCAGAACUCAAAGCUGAUUCUGGAGCUGGGUCAGUAUAAGGACCAGCAGCAAGGGCCAUCAGGCCGCAUCAAUGAGCUUUGCCAGCAGGAGAUGAGAGAGCUGCGCAGACAGCUGGAACUGAUGGGCAAAGAUCGAGACCAGAUGCAGGUGGAGAGAGAUAACCUGGCUGAAGAUGUGGCUCUGCUCAAGCAAAGGUUAAAUGAGGAGAUGGAGAAAAGACAGGAAGCUGAGAAUAAUUUGAACCUCUUUCGUAAGGAUGUGGAUAAUGCUACACUUGCUCGUCUGGAACUGGAGAGAAAGAUUGAGUCUCUGAUGGAUGAGAUUGAGUUUCUCAAAAAGAUGCAUGAUGAGGAAAUUCAGGAUGUACAGGUGAGUGUUCAGAGUCAGCAGAUGAAGAUGGAGGUGAUGGAGACGUCCAGCCGCCCUGAUCUGACAGCAGCACUUCGAGACAUUAGAGCUCAGUAUGAGAGUAUCGCCACCAAAAACAUGCAGGAAUCUGAGGAGUGGUAUAAGUCCAAGUUUGCUGACCUGACUGAUUCAGCUAAGCGCAAUGCUGAGGCCAUGAGACAGGCUAAGCAAGAGAACAAUGACAUGAGGAGACAAAUUCAAGCCCAGAACUGCGAUAUCGAUUCUCUCAAGAGCACUAAUGAGGCUUUGCUGAGGCAGAUGCGCGAAAUGGAAGAGCAGUUUGCUGCAGAGGCCGGAAACUAUCAACAUUCUGUGUCCCGUCUAGAAGACGAGAUACGGCACCUAAAGGAGGAGAUGUCACGCCACCUGCGGGAGUACCAGGACCUGCUCAACGUUAAGAUGGCCCUAGAUAUUGAGAUUGCCACCUACAGGAAACUUCUGGAGGGAGAAGAAAACCGAAUUGUGGUUCCUAUCAUGAAAAUGCCUUCAAUGGGUGGAUACAGUGGUGAUUAUGGUCAGUUUUCUGAUACUGCACCUGGAAAGAAAGUCGUAAUCAAGACUGUUGAGAUUCGUGAUGGAGAGGUGGUGAAAGAAUCUACAAAGGAAAAGAGCAGAGAUGAGAAAAAAGAUUCUCAUGGUCAAGGAGCUUCUGAAAAAGAUUAAAAUGUGCAGAUAAAUUAAUGCUUGAGUUAUUAAUUGUGUGUUGUGAUUUUUAAAGGAACUGUAGUAAAAUGUAGUAAAAAAAAAUUAAAGGAAAAUAGUAAGAAAAAGUAAAAUGUAAAAUGUAGGCACACAUGCUGUUUACAAUGAUGGCAGUGUAGUGCAUAAUCAGCAAAUAUUUGACUCAGUAUUGUGUGUAAUAUGGUGCUAUUACUAUAUAUAUGAGCAUAAAAUGACAAUGCCUUAAUUAAUAAAUCAUGUAUGCAGGCCUAAAUAAAGUAACUAACAAGAUGCCCAACAAACAAACACAAUUACAGACAACAAAAACAGUAUAUCAGAAGUUCACAUCAAUAUAAUCUUCAAAUAAAAGUGAAUGUAAACCGAA